AUGAUGAUCCUCCACACUUCAGUAGUGAACCUGGACCCUCGGACACAAAGACAUCCUGAAGGAUCCGGUCUCUACCAGCUGUGGACACUGGUUCUGCAGACAGUGCAUCACCUCAUACUGGGACCAGUCUGUUUCAUCAGGAGACUCUUCCUGUCCUCAGUGUGGAAAAAGAUCCAGAACAAGACCUGGACUGCAGACAAACAGUCAGGCCAGCACUCAGAUAGUGGUCUGCAGGAAGUUUUAGAUGAACAUAAGAUCAGUCUGAGGAGGAGAUGUGAAUGUGUGACUGAAGGAACUGAUGAAGCUGGAAGUGAAAUCCUCCUCAACAGUAUCUACACCCAGCUUGACAUCAUAGAGGAACAGAGAGAAGAGACCCUCCGUGACACUCCCAUCAAGUGUCAAGACAUCUUUAAAGUCUUACCUGACCAACAGAAACACAUCAGAGUCGUCCUGACGAAUGGCUUCGCUGUCUUCUGCUGGAUCACUGCUACAGUUCUCGAGCCCAUGUUGACUACAGACCAGAGAGGAGAGCUGCUGAAGACCCUGACUGACAAGUACUCACACUUCCUGCUGGUUCAGACAAGGAGGAAGAAGCAUAAGUAUGAUGAAGGACAUAAGACGAGCCCACAGGAGGUGACAGAGGCUGACAGGGAAGUUCUCCUGAAGCUGGGCAGGCUGGCGUUUGAACAUCUGGAGAAAGGAAACAUCAUGUUCUACCAAGAAGACCUGAAGCAGUGUGGUUGUCUUGAUGUCACAGAGGCCUCAGUGUUAUCAGGAGUUUGUACAGAGAUCUUCAAAAGAGAGAGUGCGUCCUUCCAGAAUACAGUCUACUGCUUUGUUCAUCUGAGCAUUCGGGAGUUUCUGGCUGCAGUCUACAUGUACCACUGUUACACCAGCAGGAACACAGAGGUACUGAAGGACUUUCUGGAUAUAAACUACAGUUACUCAACCCUUGAUGACUUCCUGAGGAAAGCCAUGGAGAAAUCUCUCAAAAGUAAAAGUGGCCACCUGGACCUGUUUGUUCGCUUCCUUCAUGGCCUCUCUCUGGAGUCCAACCAGAGUCUCUUAGGAGGCCUGCUGGGUCAGACAGAGACCAGUCCAGAAAUCAUCCAGAGAGCCAUCAACAACCUGAAGGAUAUGAGCAUGUGCAAUAUCCCUCCUGACAGAAGCAUCAACAUCUUUCACUGUCUGAUGGAGAUGAACGACCGCUCAGUACAUCAGGAGAUCCAAGAGUUCCUGAAGUUAGAGAACAGAUCAGAGAAGAAACUCUCUGAGUUCCAGUGCUCAGCUCUGGCCUACAUGCUGCAGAUGUCAGAGGAGGCUCUGGAUGAGUUGGACCUGAGAAUGUACAACACAUCACCUGAGGGACGACUGAGACUGAUCCCAGCUGUGAGGAACUGCAGAAAGGCUCAAUUUUCUCAGUGUGGACUCUCAGAGACUCACUGUGAAGUUGUGGCCUCAGCUCUGAAGUCCAACCCCUCCCCUCUGAGAGAACUGGAUCUGAGUGGAAACAACCUGAAUGAUUCAGGAGUGAAGCUGCUGUCUGCUGGACUGGGGAGCCCAAACUGUAGACUGAAGACUCUGAGACUCAGCGGUGCAGAUCACAGUCAAGUGUGCCCUGUGCAGUGCCAGGGGUGUGCCCAGCCUUGAGUACAGGGUGGGAAGCAACUUACCAGCUCUGAAUUAGAGCAACAAGCAGUAAUCAUUCCUUGAGUGGGGGUAGGAACAAACGCUUGACUGGGGUCAUCAGGUAGGCACCCUUCUUCCUUGGUGUUUCAUUGAUAGGCCCAUGACACUUCCAGAGGGCUCAACAGUGACACAUGGCAUCCCCGGUGUGACCCCCUCCGUUUUUACCACUCCUACUGGCUGAUGGUCAUCUUGCCACCCAGUUCUUGUCCUUUCUUUUCAGCCAGAGCCAGUUGCUGCUUUGACCUCUUUGGUACCUUUCCUACUGGUACAAAGGCCAUGUUGUUUGAAAAGCCGGGGAUUAGGGGAGAGAGGGCAUUGUUGUCAGUCCUCCUUUCUUCCAGUACUAGUGCCAGGUACCAAAGGACCUGGUUGUGCCUCCAGGUGUAGCGUCCUUGAGUGAGGCUGGUCUUGCAGCAGGUGAGUAUGUGCCACAUGGUUACUGGUGUUUAGCAAAGGAGACAUGAUGGGUCUUCCCCAAGCCACUAGUUCAAUUUUUUGGCACUGGGAAGAACAUCGUAGAUGGCUCUGAUGAUGAAGCUAAGUCUGCCUCCUUCCAUUUCCCAAAGAUCCUUCCAGGCAAGCUUCUGGUGUUCGAGGAUUUCCCAUCUUGUCCGCUGGCCCUGUUUUGUCUGUAAGACUGCCUUUGCACAUCAUUCUGCCUCCUCCUGCUCCUUCUGUUGCUGUAUCUAUUUUACCACAAGACCUCUCUUCUGGGCAGGUGCUGCUCUGUGCCAUGUGGGUUUACUUGUGCCUAGCCCAAAGCUGCCUCUUCCAUGCUGCACUUGGCCCACAAUGUCUCAAUGCCUAAGAGUGGAUUUUGCCUGCUGCACCACCUCAGUUGAGUUCCACUUUCUGUCUGCUGCCACUCUGGGAGCUGCUGCCUGUAUUGUGUCGUCCUGAGUUUUUGUCAGGGUCAUGUCCAGCCUUACCUUGGAGCAUUUGUAUUCUUCAGUAAGGCUAAUGAUAGUUCCAGAUGCCUGUUCCCAUACAAGCUGAUACUGUUGAGGUAUUGUGGGAGUCUGAGCCAUUUCUGAAUGUACAUACUGACUGUUCUCUGCAGCUUCUCAACUUUGGGAACCUCAUAGGUCAUCAGGG